UCCUUGCAGUGGGGCUCCUGGCUUCCCCGAAGCCGCUGCAGGACCCGAGCUUGCCCCCGGCCUCGUCGGAGCUCGCAGAGGGUGGAAGGAGCUCCUCGGUGACUCGGCUUUGCUGGGCCCAGGGAAGGCCCAGAGAAAGCCAGAAGGUCCUGGUAACCGCUUGUCAGGGUCCUGCGGCCCAAGGGGAACUUUAUGUGGCUCCAGUCUCACUCUGCCGAAAAUGGAAACUGACCCUAAGUAGCGCUCCCGGUCUCUGGUCCUCCCCCAAACCGCUGAAGUCGCAAGCGCUGUCUCCAUCAUGUCCCCCUAGGAACUAAGCAGAGGUCUCCGGGCUGCAGCCUGGGGCAUGCAGGCGUCGGGAGCAGCUGAAAGCCUAGCUAUUGAUGCUGACCACUGAAUCCACCUAAAGAGAGACUCCUUCCCGCUCCCUCGUCCCACAGCGGGGCCAAUGGAGAACAAAGCCAUGUACCUGCACACAUUCGGCGACCGGGAGAACGGCUCCAUCUUCGAGGAGCCUUUUGAGGGAAGAAACCUGUCCAAGCUGAACCUCUGUGAGGACGGUCCUGGACACCGGAGGCGGCCAGGGGGGCGUUGUGGCCAGAUGGGUUCCCUAGCAGCUCUGAAGUUUGCUGUGGUUGGGCUGUACUUGCUUGUCUUCCUGAUUCUCGUGGGUGUUUUCAUCUUGGCCGUCUCCAGGCCUCAGAGCUCCCCGGAUGACCUGAAGACACUGACCUGGAAUGUAAAUGGAUUGAACGAGAGCUUCCGGGACCUGCAGCUGAAGAUGCUGCAGCUUCCGUUCCAUGGGGACACGAUGGAGCACAUCUGGAAGCUGCAGGAUCUGCUGCAGAACCACUCGGACUCCCUGCUGCUGCUGACCGGCUCCCUGCAGCGUCUGGAGAACGCGCUGUGGAGCCUGCAGACUCAGGCAGGCCAGACCGAGCAGGCCGUCUCCCUCCUGCGCGAUAGCACCAGCCAGCUGAACGAUGCCACCCAGCUGGAGCUCUACCGGCUGCAGGUGGAGAGCAAUGGCAGCCAGCUGCUGCUGCGGCACCAUGUGGGGCUGUUGGCUGGGCUGUCCAGCCGGGUGGGUGCUCUGGGAGACCAGCUGGCUAAUGUGAAUGGGGCCCUUGUGGGCCUGAACCGGACCCUGUCCUAUGACGUGGGCAUCCACCGCACUCGCCUCCAGGACCUGCAGAUGUUAGUCAGUAAUGCCAGUGAGGAUGCCCGGCGCAUGCGGCUGGUGCACAUUAGCAUGGAGCAGCAGCUGAAGUUCGAGCUGGCCGUGCUCAAUAAUGUGACGGAGGAGCUGCGGCUCAAAGACUGGGAGCACUCCGUAGCCCUGAGGAACAUUACUCUCAUGAGAGGACCCCCCGGACCGAAAGGCGAUCAGGGGCAUGAGGGGAUGGAAGGCGAGCCUGGUGUCCCUGGGUUGCCUGGCCUAACAGGUUUGCCCGGUGAGAGAGGAACUCCAGGACCACCUGGUCUGAAGGGGGAUGAAGGGGAGCUCGGAGCCCCAGGGAUCAUGGGCAUACGUGGUUUCAAAGGUGACCGGGGGUUGAAAGGAGAGAAAGGAGAGAAGGGUGAGAAAGCUGCUGACACAGCAGCUGGGAUGGCGGAAGUGGAGGUCCGACUGGUGAACGGCUCCGGGCCCCACGAAGGGCGCGUGGAGGUUCUGCAUGAUCGGCGCUGGGGGACGGUGUGUGAUGACGGCUGGGACAAGAAGGACGGGGAUGUGGUCUGCCGGAUGCUGGGCUACCGCGGGGUGGAGGAGGUGUACAGGACCGCCAAGUUCGGACAAGGCACUGGGAGGAUUUGGAUGGAUGAUGUCGCCUGCAAGGGAACGGAAGAUACCAUCCUCCAGUGCAGUUUCUCCAGCUGGGGCAAGACGAACUGCGGGCACGCAGAGGACGCCGGGGUGACGUGUAACAGGCACUGAGCUGGGGUCAGGGCCUGCUGACAUGAACACAAGAUGCCCAACAAAGCAGUAUAGCCUCCUCCCCUGGUUUUUGUUGCUGGUGUUGUGGGGUUCAGGCCCUGAGCCUGGUGAGAUACUGACCAAGCUUGCUGAGUGUCACCAGUCCCUGCACUGUCCUCCCAACCCCUCACGCUGCCAAUGGGCCAUCACUUUCCCGCUAGGCAUCCGCUUGAGACUGGGUCUCUAGGAUCUACUGAAAACCUCCUGCCUUCCGUGUUCCCCGUUGAUGCAGAGGGCCCUGAAUCAUUGGUCUCACCUUCCUAACUAGGUACUUUUAACCAGUGCUAGAAUACAUAUCUUGUUUUCCCCCUCUUUUUCUGUCUCUCAUCUCUCUCUCUCUCUCUCUCAUUCCCUCUCUCUCUUCACCCCCACCCCCUCCAAUUUCUGAUUCCAGAGGCUGAUGAUAUGAAAUUUUAUAACCAACUCCUGAAACUUAGCAUCAAUGGGGGAAACCGAAGUAGCACGGACAAUUGAAAUCCACAGGUAACCCAAAAACUCAUUUUAUGCCAAUAGCUUCAACUCUCACUUCUGUGUGCCCCCCCAGACUCAUAUACCAUAUGCAGAGCUAAUAAUAUAGUAAGUGGUUAAGUUGAUUGGUUUAAAUUUCAUCUCUUCUUGGCUCUUGGACACUGGUGGAGAUGCUCAUGAGGAAUAAAAUGGCCCAGAGGUGGCCUGCAGGAGGAAGGGAGGAAAGCAAUGGCCCUGAGGAAUUUUCACAACUCAUUAGUAGCUCCCCAGUAGCUGAGAGAUUACUGCAAUCCUGUCUUGUCCAAAAUACCACUGCUGGGCCCUGCACGUUGUUUUCUGCUUUGGAGAGAAUAAGCAUGGCCCAGCCUCAAGCAGUAACCAAUGAACCCAUGCAGCUCACUCCAGAAGCCAAGGCUGCACCCCUCUGAGUGUGAGACCAUGCCCUCUGGUCCUCAGCCCGUCCUGCCUUGUGGAGUUCAGCAAACAAGCUAGCUCCAAGCUACUUUCUCAGAUAUCUUGCUGGGCAGAUAAAAUGUUCCAGCUAUUCCCAGCAGGCCCAGGAACGUAAGGAAAGCAUCCAGGCAAGACAACUGGGGCUCUUAGUUAGAGACACACUGGUUAGAGCUGGCCCCAGGUGUGAUCGUCUGAAUAAGAGGCUCAUUCUUCCUGAGAUUCCUUGAUAGGGCCUGGGUCUUAAGUGAGGCUAGGGCCUUUUGUCAGUAGGGAAUUGGGCAGAUGGUUCCCACCUCCUUGCUGGGCUGAGUGUCUGAAUGUGAAUCGGGUGACUGGUGAGCCUCAGUCUGCCUGGAGGAAGGGGAAGGGACUAAGGGAAUUCUGAGGUUCAGAGCUGCUGUAAUGUCACAAAAAUGCCUAAGCUGUUGGAGUUAAUACAACUGAAGCUGUUUGAUUAGUGUUUUCCCAUCAUUUUUGUAUUAUCGAUUUCAGGUCAAAAUGCUCAGCAAUCCUUUCCACUUUCAGUUCAUUUCCCGCUCUCACUUCACCAAAGCCCUCAGGUGGGACAGAGAUAGGCACAGGUAAACUAUGGCCUUCUAUGGCUUUUUUUGACUCUUCCCGGGACAUCUGGCUAGUAGAUUUUGGCCAGGACAGGACUCCUUUUGCCCAGGGGAAUGGCUCUCCAGUUGGCCAGCAGGCAGCCAGAGGGAUUGGAGAGCUAGGGAAUCUUGAGCUCCCUAGAUUGCAGGGAGAAGCAGCCAGCAGAAAUCGAGUGUUGUGGUGACCAGCGCGCCCAAAGACAGCACUGUCAGCCCAGCUCCUUGCUCCCUUGGAGGCUGCGGCAUCUGUUUGCAGUCCAGAUGUUGGCCCUGGCCCUAACCCUUUAUGAAACAGUGACCACAAUGAACGCUGCUGGAGGUGAAAGAAGCAGGAUGAUGGGGUGAGCAAGAGGGAGAGGGUAAGUAAGAGGAUACACACGUGCUUGGGCGAUGAGACGAAGGGAGGGAGCAGUGGCUCCUCAUUAGUGCCACCUUUUCCAGAAGCAGCAGCUGUUGCAGUGAUACAAGCAGUAGCAACAGUGAUACAAGCAGCAUCAGCAGUGAUACAGGCAGUGGAGAAGAACCCAAGGCAGAGUCUUUCCCUCUCAGGCAUGCUUUAACUCUUCAACCUCAGACACUUACUCUGGUUGAUGUAAGGGAACCUAUUGCAGAUUUCACCCAAAUGGGGGAGGGAGACAGAAAAUUCCAGGGAAAGGUUAGGGGAGAGAGAGAAAAAAAUUAAAGAAGCUUUUUGA